CUUUUCUUCCCUCGUCUUUCCUCCUUGUCAGUUUUGUUUGCCUCCAUCUCUCGCGGUGUCAAGACUUCCUCCUCCUCCUCCGCCUCCGCCUCCUCCUCCCGAAGUAAGGUAGACGAUGGCCCGGCUCCUCCUCCUCCCCCUCUUCCCCCUCCUCCUCCUCCAGGUGAUGGGCGUGCGGGCGCAGGUGCUAAUUGGUGGCAGGUGUCCACCCAUCCCGCCCAUGAAGGAUUUUGAGCCCAACAAGUUCCUGGGCGCCUGGUACGAGAUCGAGCGUUACUUUGUGUCGUACGAGCACGUCGCGGGGACCUGCUGGGUGGAGAACUACCUCUUCGCGCCGGACCGAGGGUACUACACGCGCCUGGACUGGAAGGACAGGCUGCUUGGCCACAUCCUGAGUAUAGAGAACGGGAUCACAUUUGACAAGAAGGAGCCAGGACUACUUCACUAUGUUGUACAGCGCCCAAACAUACCCAUUCUUCAAGGGAAAUACAAGCUCCUGGCCACUGACUACUUCUACUACGCUCUGGCCUGGCAGUGUGAAGACCUCCCCUUGGGUCUGGGUCACACUGAGAUCUUGUGGCUACUGUCCAAGAUGCAGCGUCCAACAGCCAAGACGGUGCAGCAGGCCAAGGGCAUAGCUCACUCCCUGGGCCUGGACACAACCCUCCUCCAGCAGCAGGACAGAACAGGAUGCCCACGAUGAACAAGUAUUACUGGGUUGAAUGGUCACAUUGAUGAUGCUGUUUUUCCAUUGCUGAAUUGUCUCUUUUUUUUUCAUGUCGUUCUUAAGGAUGUGCUGGAUGGAAAGGGUGUGAGUGUGUGUGUGCGUGUACAUAAUUUAACUUUUACUUGGUUGAGUUUAGCUCAUUAGGUGUGUGUGUAAUUCACCACGGCCUGAUCAUGAGCUGGACUUGUCAUUGCCAGCAAUUCCCCUCCUGACAAGAGCAAGGCUCAUUAUACUCGUAGUAUCUCCAGGUACUAGUGAGACCUUCACACACCACACACCCUCUGGUCCCCUUGCUCAAGGGGGGACAGUAACCACUCCUUGGCAGUGGAAAAAUCCCAGCUUGAGUGGGGCUGGAAACUCCAGCUGUCAUGCUGUGAAGCAUAGCAGCACAGAGCUUUAAUUGACUGAGCUAUCAGAGAGUGUGUGUUUGUGUGUGUGUGUUUAAGCAGAUUUAACCCUUUCCUUGCUCGCGGUGCGGACGCAACUAUCCCCUCAGGCGCAGUCGGGGAGCCCAAUGGGGGGUCUCUUUUAACCUCUGUAUCUCAAAAACUAUUCAUCACAGCUAAAAACCAAAAACACCAUUGGAAAGAGGAGGUCCAGAUCUAUAGGAUCUGGUUAUGUAUGCCUCUCUUGCGAACAUACAUGCACAUUCAGGGAGUGUUGAAUGUUAAUACUUACGUUGGUGCGUGCGGGAUGAUCAGCCGUAUUGAGGGAACUGCGGACAUCUCUUCUUCAGAUUCUGGCAAGGGAGUAUUGCCAACUGCAAUAUUUACAACUAUUUGGUCAAAGAAUCAGUCGGUGAUAGGUGAAGCUAUGCAAAAAUGCCGCUAUAUUGGGCAAGAACAUCCACCAGUUACUCGUCCGUGUGUUGUGAGAAUUAGUGUUGGAACACUCUCAUAUGCGGGAGAUUUGAGUGUGGGUGGAGGUCACAGCGGGCGUUUAGCGCCACCAGGAAAUACGCCUAACGCCUGCUGCAAGUGUUUAGCAAUGAAAGGGUUAAUAAUAUAAGGAGAGGUUGUAAUGGUGUUUGUAAAAGUGGCAGCAUUUUGUUCUAUAUUUUCAAUGUUUGUUGAUAAAGUUUGCCAUUCUCUUUAGUUUUGCCGAGUGUUGCAAAGGCUGGGAAAGUUUCUGGGAAUUUGGGGAAUUUUUAAGAAUUUUCAUGUUUCACACGUGUAUUUGUAUUAUAAUAUACCAAUUUUUGAUUAAUAUAACUAUUAAUUAAACAUUUUCAAGCAAUAAAAAAUUGUAUUUCCAUACAAUAUCAAUUUCAAUACAAUUUCAAGCUGCUGUCGAAUGGUAGAACACCCUCAUGCUGCUGUGAAUUCUGUCCCUGAGAGCGAGUGCAUCAGAGAGCACCGGAGGCCAGCGUGAGCCUCAAUAGCCGUCAUUUUAAAUAUCCUGCCUGUGCAACCACCAGGCUGAGGGACAUUCCCCGACAGCCAUCUAAAACUGAAGUCUGAAGAGGCAACAAUAACCUCAGCCUCAAAAAAAAGCCUAAAGGUGCUUCAGGCCAACUUGUAAUAUUUAUUCAUUCUCAAAGUUCCCAAAACUUCCUGAAAAUUCUCAAAAUUCCCAUGGAAAGUUUCCCAGUUCAAAAUUCCCAGUGAUUUUACAACCCUAGCUUUGCCUGACAAAAAGGAAAGUUUAUCAUCCUCUUCAUUCUGUCAAAGUGCGCCAGGUAACCCACUCUCGCCUUCAUCCACUGACUCGCUCAGGCAGUAAGUCAGCCGGCCUGAAACUGCUGCUCUGAGGGUGAUCUUUGUUAAAUAGUUAUCUUAGUUUAUUUUUUAUGGACAAGUUUUCACACUGAGCACCAAGGACACAUUCAGCUGUAGCACAUGCCCCAAAAGGUUCAUUACGCUUCCACCUUUUCUUCCUCUCUAAGUGAAUUAUAUGUACUACUGAGUUAUUGUUUGGUUAUUCUGUUGCCCUUCCCAGAUCUACACAGAAUUGUCCAAUAAAUGACACACAGAGCUGACUUGGCAACUCUAAAUGGGUACAAGCAGAGAUGGGUCAAGGAGUACACAGAGAUGACUUACUAACUUUUCCCAUAGAGGCGUGGACAGGAAUAUGGGAUGACAGUUGUGUGGUGAAAGUAAUUGACAGGAAGGGAAUACAGAUUGACAGAAAGGGAUGGUGAAAGUUAGGUUAGCAUGCAUGUGUGUAUGUGUAUGUGUGUGUGUAGGGGUGGAAUGUAUCUUGAUGUAGCUGUUUGUGUGUGUGUGUGUGUGUGUGUGUUGGGAUGGUAUAUUUUGUAUGUCUAUAGAUGUUGUAUGUGUGGAAAAAAAGUGUGUGUGUGUGUGUGUGUUGGGAUGGUAUAUUUUGUGUGUCUAGGUGUUGUGUGUGUGUGUGUGUGUGUGUGUGUGUGUGUUUAGGUCGUAGUAGAAUGACAAUGGUUAUCUAUCAGUUUGUUGUCUUGCUCAUUCAUCUUGCUUCAGUUUUGGUCCAUUCUUAUCAGGUUAAUCCAUAUCUUACCCAUAAUUCAUUCUUCCAUCAUUCAUUCAUCCAUCGCUCAGUCACUCUAUAUUCUUGUCAAUCCAUUUAAUAGCUUUUUUUUAUUUAUUAUUAUUGUUUACUCGUCACUAAUUUCCCUUUUCUCUAGCUCACUUAUUAAUUUAGUUUUGAUCUGUUCUUAUAAGGCUAAUCCAUAUUUUACUUGUAUUCAUAGUCAAAAUGAGUUGCUUCCGUCUUGACCCGUAACAGUUGUGGUAUCGUAGUUUCUGUGGCAAGGACCAGAUUGUUGUACUCAGAAUAUUGCUAUUGUCAGUUUCAAGCGCAAAAACUGUCUUAGUCACACCAAUAAUGAUACCCAAGUGAAGUUAGUGUUAAAACUGUCAAGCAUCGAUGUUUUUUUAUAUAUGUAUUGGCCAGAAAACGAAAAAUGCAUUCUGUUAAGUUUGUUUGGUAACAUUGGUCUGUGGUCAUGAGCUGCAGAGGUAGAAAUACUGGUGGGUGUAGCCUGCAGGGAUGGAGUGAAUACAAGAGUUGUGUGCUCAAGUACGAAUACUAGUACUUCAAAUUCCUACGAAUGCGAAUUUGAAUACACUGAAAUUGUUUAAAUUCUAAUACAAAUACUUCUUGAGAGUAUUCAUGAAUACAUUGAUGAAUACUUUCCAUUAAAAGAUACCUUCUUGACAUAACUGGGUACAGCACUGUUCUAAAGUUAUGCAACAGAAAAAUGAGCUCAUGAAACUGUCCUAUACACGUCCCCCCAGCAGGAGGCUGGAGUUGUAUGGAACAACGGCUGUUAGUUCUGAUAAUAUAUUUUGAAGUAUUCAUCAGAUUAUUCACAAAAUACAAAUACUUUUCCCUUGUAUUCGAAUACGUAUACUGAAUACGAAUACUCCAUCCCUGGCAGCCUGUGGUGUGUGGCUUGUACUGGUAUCGUAUCCAUCAGUUAUUUCAUAUUUUAUCUUUGUUAUUCUAUACCUGUAAUGGUGUCUGGGGUGUGGCUUGUACUGCUGUAUUAGUCAUCAGUUAUUCCGUAUUUUAUCUAUAUUUUGUGUUAUUUUACUGUGGUGUGGCUUGUACUGCUAUCUAAUUCAUCAGUUGUUCCAUAUUUUAUCUUUAUUUAUUAUUUUAAACCUGUAGUUCUGUCUGGGGUGUGACAUAUAUAUAAUGCUGGAGGCACGUUGAGACUCAGGUGACAUGAGCAGUUCAACACAAGGCAGGACAGAACACUACAGCCAUUGGUUUACAGUUUAAUGUAAGUGUGCACAAUGGAAUGCAGCCUUUGAGCACAUUUUCUUGUAAAUGUCCAUCACAGCAAAGGUCAGUUACGUGCCAGUCAUGACCUUCACUGAGAAAGUAAGGACGUCUUGGUUUGUGCGUGGUAUUUGCUUUUCACUUGCCUGACGGUUAAUUUCAUUAUACUCUGCAGUUUGAAGUCUUUGCGGCCUGCUCAUGCUGCCAGAUAAUACUAAGUUGGAUAAUUUGUAACUUUCAAUACUCAAGAAUCAUGCUGUUUGAUCUGCUAGUCAUUACCCUGGUGCCCCUCACUAAGCCAUGACCAGAGUCUCAGUGUGUGUGCCCAGCCUUGGGAUCUGUGAAUGGAGGUGACCUGAAGCAGUGUCUGUAGCUCUGGUCUAGUCUGGUUUGAAGUAGCGAACCCUUUAGGAAAUGUAGUAUGUCUUUCAUUCAGGUCUUUGAACACUGUACACCAAAACUCAUUAAGGAAAUUGUAGUAACAGUGAAAUAUCUCCAAAUGUACACUGCUGAGUGCUGGGGAUCAAACCUGGGCCUUCUGGGUAGAUGUCUGUGCAGCAAGCCAACCUAGCCACCCAUGAGCUAAAAGGCCAUCGUGCCAGAGGUCAUUUGUGGCACUGUGCUUGACGCGCCGGCCCCCACUGUGGACAUGAAGGUGACCGUGCUCAUACUCAUGGUAACUGGAAAUGCUUUCAAUCAACAGUAUUAACAGCAUUUCCAACUACCAUGAGUGUAAGCUUGGUCACCUUUCCUUCAUGUCCACAGUGUUUGGCUGAGGUGUCAGAUAAAGUGCCGUAGAAAUGACCUCUGGCAUGGCAUGGUUAGCCUGUCGGUGGCUCUGUCGGUUUGCUGCCCGGACCUCUACCCAGCAGGCCCAGGUUUGAUCCCCAUCCCUCAGUGGUGUACAUUUCUAGCUUUACAUUAACCAAUAAGUUCCCUUCUUUGCAAUGAGAGUAACAGCUAGGAAAGUAAGACAUCACAUUAACAAGUCAGACACUUUAUUCCUAUGUACAAUCGUUCCCAAUCUUCUGUGCAUAAAAAGUAAAUACAUAAACCCCUAAAGACAAGCUUUUAUCACUGCAGCAGACUUAGCAAUCAGCCAUCCAGGCCCUGCAAGGCGUGUGAGGCCGUGAUAACAUUGAUGGCAGUGGAGGAAGCAACGCGCCGUGCAUGUCACAAUCAUUUCCUUGUCUGCCCUUGAACCAUGCACGGCAGUAGUGAGAGUCUCCUGUUGAACUAUAUACACGAAGUAGGGGAGAGGGAGGGUGAGGAGGCACUGGGCUGUAGUGUAAUACCUUCCAGUAGACAUUUAACAUUAGAUCCAUAGGUGCAGCCCAAAGUAUAACCUGUUUAACAUUUCUUUUAGUUCCUGGCAUUAAUAAUUUCCUGGAUCAAUAGGUACAGCCCACAGCAUUGCCUGUUUAACAUUUCUUUUAGGUCCUGGCAUUAAUAAUUCCCUUGGUGAAGUAGCGUUGGGUAGAGCUGCAUCACUAGUCUUUGUGUAUCUGGAUCAGGCAAACUAUCACUGCACAUUGCUUUACAUGACAGUUCAGUGUCUUAAGUAAUUUAUAUCAUCUGCAGUGUUCAGUUUGCCUGACUCAGAUAUACAAAGAAUGCAGCAGAUACUCAACAUUACUUCACCCAGGAACUACUUGACACUAAUCAUAAAUAAUUUCACUUUGCAUUGCCAGAAAAGAAUCAAACUUCCCUCCACAAACUGUUUUCAUGAUACAUUUCAGCUGUUGUAAUUAACAGUAACUCUAAUCUCCAUGAAAUGUCGGGUCAAACUUAGACUUGCAUGACAUGGCCGCCUCAACUAAACAAUUAACAGGAAGAGUUUUAAGGGAGUAGCCCCAUCAUUAGUGCACAGCGGGGCCUUCUGCAGCCCCACACAAAGUUUCAGGCAGCACCAACACAUUCUCUGCCUGAGGUGGCAUCUAAGGAAGGACCAGGAGUGCCAGCAUGAACCAAUCGAAGUUUCUUUUGUGCUGCGUUCCCACAAAAACCAAAUCAAAACUGCAUCUGAAUAAGUAAGAAGAGAUACAAAGGGACAUUCUAGUACUGGGGGGAACACUAAGAGACAUUCAGGCACUCAAGUCCUUCCUUGGCUGUCACUUCUACCCUGUUCAUCACUCUGACAGGAAGGAAGCAAAGCACAUGGCAGGGAGAAAGGAGUAAGCUUGGGUAUGUAACUUAGGCAAUGAUAAUUAUGAGACCGUAAGUGAUUUGAAAGACAUAACUGAAGACUAAACAUUUGUAUUGGGACUCUUCUUUAUAAAUCAGCAUGUUGGGACUAUCCGAAGGCGACGUAAAUUAGUAGAGGUAUAAAUCGGCUAUCUGUAAACACCUUUCCACUUAGCAUUCACACCUAGGAAAAAGAAAUACUAAAGGGAAAUUGAACCAAGGUAUAUAAAGUCUUCUUGGACAAUUACAUCUUAUACCUAGACUCAAGUGUUCCUCUGUAGUAUUUCUCUUCCAUAAUGAGUGAGUACUAACUGGUAAUGAGGCAUACAGAUAGGCGAACCUUCCCUAGAUGACAAACCAAACUGCAUCUACUGUUUGGCCUGCCUCGGGUGCUUGCUAGGGCGGCUUGGAAGGGGGUGAAGGAAGGGUGCGAGUGGCAGACUACUGGCAUGGGAGAAGGCGGCUGCUGUGCUUGUGAACUUAUGACACCCAGAUGAGAGGAUGGAGGGAGGGAGGAGGAAGAGGAGGAGAGAGAAAGGUUAGUAAUGGGAGGGAAGGAGGAGGAAGAGGGAGGGAAAAUUGAGAUUGGAGGCAGGGAAGUGGAGGAGAGAGAAAGGUUCAAGAGAGCAAUGGGAGGAAAUGCUAAGAGUUGAGGAAUGAAAGUGGAGGAAAGGAGGAUGAAUGGAGAUAGCAAGGAGGAGUCAGGGUAGUAGAGGCGAGGAAAGGAGGAGGAAGAGAG